AGAGGGAAACAACCGCUCGCACGAAAGAAUCCGGCGGCACUUUGGGACCGCGGCCUCUUUUCUAUUGAAUUUCCCUUCUUCGGCUCGAAUGUAAAACGAUCAACCGAGACAUAAGCGGACGAAAAAUAUUGUUUUAAAAGCGGUUUUUAACGCUGAAGGUAGUUCCGGUCCCCCGCGUUGCCAUGGCGCGGAGCGGUUGAUCCGCCGUGGGUCUUGGUGAAGCGGUGCUGGAGGGAUUGACGCCAUUUUGUUCAUUUGUGGAACCCCCCCUAUAAGGAGCAGAGUGCAGCCAAUAGUUGGAGCCCGGUUCUGUACCAGAAUGAUGGAUGGCCUCAUGUCGAACACGGCAUUACCCCCCCUUUUUGCUGACGAUGAUGUAUCAAAGGAGAGUGCAGAUCUGACAGUCGAUGCAGGUUUUUCAGGCCCAGAAGGCUCAUAUAGUUCAGGGGUCUCUCAGUCUCUGAACAAUCCAGAGUUUGUGGAGGAUCUGUCACAGGUGCAGUUAUUACAGAAUGAGUCCCCUCAGGCAGCAGACAGCAAUGAGCAAAGAAGUGAGGAGGAGAAAACUGCCAAGAAAGGGGGCUGGCCCAAAGGAAGGAAAAGGAAAAAAGCAACCAAGGACAGCAAUGCGCCAAAAGCUCCAUUGACUGGAUAUGUGAGAUUCCUCAACGAACGUCGGGAACAGCUUCGAGCACAGCGGCCGGAUGUUCCCUUUUCCGAAAUCACCAGAAUGUUAGGCAAUGAGUGGAGUAAACUGCCUGCGGAUGAUAAGCAGCAUUAUUUAGAUGAGGCAGAGAGAGACAAAGAGCGUUACAUGAAGGAGCUGGAGCAGUACCAACAGACCGAAGCUUACAAACGGUUCAGCCAGAAAGCAGAUGACAAACGGCACACAAAAGGGCUUAGCCAAGAUGAAGGAUCCCGAGCUAAUAACAUUCCUGUUGCUGAGCAGGGUGAGCUGAAGGAUCGAUCUGUGUUGGACAUUCCUAUUUUCUCUGAGGAAUUUUUAGACCACAGCAAAGCUCGAGAAAGGGAGCUCCGGCAGCUGAGGAAGUCCAAUAUAGAGUAUGAAGAAAGAAAUGCAGCCUUACAGAAACAUGUGGAGAGCAUGAAAACAGCAGUUGAGAAGCUAGAAAUUGAUGUGAUGCAAGAGCGAAACAGGAACGUUGUCCUUCAGCAGCACUUAGAUACCCUACGGCAGGCACUGACAUCAAGUUUUGCCACUGUACCAUUGCCAGGUUCUGGGGAGACACCCACUCUGGAAACCAUUGAUUCCUACAUGAGGAAAUUACACAGUAUUAUUCUAUCCAACCCUCAAAAUAAUGAGAAUCUCAUUGCCACAGUACGUGACUUAGUAAGCCGACUUGACAGAUUAACUCAAGAGUGCAACCCUCAGAAGGUUGAAAGUUUGAGCUCUGGGACUCCUUUCCAAGCCCUGAAAUCUAUUGAGUUACAAAGAUGCUGGAGGUUUGAUUAAGUUGAGAUGGUGAUUGAUUCUGAAGGCAUCAGCACUUGUUCACACAGCUGGAGCAGUCUGAAAUGGAAGGUGCCACUUAGACUUGCAAAGGGAAUAAAAUGGCAGCUACUGACUGAGGCCUUGGAGUUCAGCCUGCCCUGGAGAAGAAUUGUUCCUAACUGCAGGUCCCCUCCCAUUUCUAAUGAGCUGAAAGCCUACCGUCCUACAAGGAACUGUUGUGUUGCCUCUUGUUAGCUGGAAGCAUGGUGUCUUCUACUUCUUUCAAUGGGUGGCUAAAGCCAAAUGUUCCUGUACUAUUUGUGUGAAGCCUUCUCUUGUGACAUUGGAGGCCUUGGGUGCCCAUUCAUCAAAUUUAUCUAUUCAAUAGCUUUUUUAAAAAAAAUGACUCUUUGUUUUCCCUCUUCUGCCCUAAAAGUGGCAACAUGUACAUAGAAACAAGCUUCUGGAUGAAGCUGGUUUUUAAUGAUUUUAAUUGAUGAUGUUUAGAAAUACUGACAAUUACCAAGCCUAAAACUUAUUAAAUAAAUUGACCAAGUGCCCUGGUGGUUGAAUUGGCCAGCUUAGAACUGAGUCAGACAGAAUAGGGAAGUUCCAGAUUCAAUUCCUGUUCUGUGCUGGCUUCUCUCAUCUCAGCUAAGUACGUCAGCUCUCCUAAGUGCGAGAGGGGGAAAAUUGUCCAGAGUUCACACUUCUGAUUGCUGUCCAGUCAUUUCUGCUUGAAAGCAUAUGUUUGGUAAAGGAAAAUAUCAGCUUUGAUGCCUCCCUCAGUGAGAUAGGCAAUAACUUGCUAGAAAGUACCUGGUCAGUGAGGAUUGAAUCUAACUCAAUCUACCAGUAGAAUAGUUUGCUAAAACUCAAAGUUAGGCUCAUGUAUAAAGAAGAAAAUAUGGGCCUGAUAAUAGGGUGUCUAUGGAACCAUGCCUCAGCAACACUUCCAGAUGAGGAGAGAAAACUGAAAAUGUCUUACAUUCUUUGUAGUGUAUUGAACCCAAAAUUAGAUUGAAUUGGUGCAAAUUGCAUUGUAUUGAAAUCAUGAACUCCAGUUAAAUGAACCGGGGAAUACAUUCAUUUUGUGGUGCUUUAACCACAUAAUUGUUGAGACUGCGGCAUAACCCCAGAGAAUACACUCCUAGACUUGUCUGUCAUUUCAAGUGAGGCUGGUUUAUUUUCAAUGCUCUUGGGUUUCCGGGUGAGAGGCAGUGAAUUCUAUUGCAUCUGUUGAAUUUGGGACUAAUUGCUUAAUCUGUUUAAUGUAGGGAAAGGCUGAAAUAAUAACAGUGGGACCUCUUCACUUCUGCUCAGGUGUGUUUGAAUCAGAGCCAAAGUGGACCCUAUUUUCUAGGUGGAUCUGGUUUAUGCAGUAUCAGUGGUUUGGGUGCGUUAUGCUGAAUCUCAGGUUGUGCCUAUUGUUUCAAAACCACACCAACCUCUGCAAUGUUUAACCAAUGUAUGUGACUAAGUACCAGAAGUUCUUUGAGUAUUUUGGAAUAUAAUUCUCUGGUGGAACUUUUACCCUUAAAGAAUAGACCAUCUUCACCCCUGAACUGGGGAGGAAGUGGCUUAUUCCUACGUGCUAUCCAGUGAUGAUCUUCAUUAGAAAAAUGCACAUGUGGAUAUCAUGUCAAUAUAGAAUUGGAUUCUUGUCAUAUGGCCUCCUCCAUAUUAAUAUAAAGGAGUGAAACACUGAUUUAUCUGGGUGCAGUUCCAUAGGUGUCCAGGUAACCUCUGGAAGCUCAAACUUGGCAAAUUUUAGAGAUGCUCCAGCUGGUCUUCAGGAAAAAACUUGGGUUCCCAUUUCCUCAUCACAAUCCAGCAACACAUUCUGAAAGUAUUUCUGCUAAUUGAGGGUAGGGUUGAACCUAGUUUCUUAGUCUAAUAGCCCACUGAUGCUCACUGUGUAUGCUUUUAUAUGAAGACCAUUCCGAUGGUCACCAUUACCAAUGGAAGUCAUUGCUUAGGUAAGGGAGAAAAAAUACUUCUAACAAUGUAAGAUUUUCUGCUAGGUUUACUGGUGUAGUGAAUGCCUGGAAAUCUGAAGUGUUCUCCAUCUGAUGCUUCACCCCUUUUUACGCAUAAAAAUGUGCAGAAACUUAACUCUCCUCUUGCAAAAUUCUGAUUGUCCUCUCCUGCAUACACAUUUGAGAAUACACUGCUACACUAAAUGAGAAGAAUGAAUUUGUCAGUCUCACACAAUGUCCUUAACAAUUUCUGCUCUUUUUCCUGCAACUCCAUCUUUUCUUGUUUACGGAUGGUUUAAUCCUCUGAAGACUGGGUUGUAUGUUUUUGUUUGAACAUAGAUUAAUUUGUAUUCUUAAAAACUGCAAACCUUUAAGGGUCAAGCCACAAAAUUUCCAUUUGCAGAAACACUGUGAUCUCUUACUGUUUUGAUAAACUGUCUCCUGAAGGCUGUUGGAAACACGGUCUGAUCUAAACCAACGCCAGUAGACAUGAUGGUAAUUAAGAGAAUAGUCCAGAAUGUUCUGCAGUGGUACAGAUGUUCUUUCAAGCUGUUAACUGAUAGAGCAAUUUAUGCAUACAGAGAUUGCAUUUUGAAGGAGUUACAGUGUAACUGCAGUUAAAAAUGAAAACUAUUAAAUAUUUAUGAAAGUU